CCGGAAAUCAACAAGCGAGAGUGGUGGGCAGAAAUAAAGGUUUAGCGCGGUUCGCGUCAAACAGACGGGCGUUCUGGAGGAGCUUUACUGAGUAUUUAGUGAACGUUUGAAAGCCAUGGCAUCCUCAACAACUCCUCUGGGUCCUCAGAACCAAAACCAGAAAGAACAUACAAGGUUUCUGAAAAAUCAAGAAGUAACUAAAAUUUCUGAGAAGCUGAGGACCAAAGCCCACACUGCCCAGCUGUCCAAAACAGGAUCGGAGAAUCAGGACCCAAAUGAAGCUACUAAGCCCACAAAAGGAGUAAAUAAACUGAAGACUGUCAGCAGGCUUCCUAUCCUUGCAAAAUCCCUGCAGCCAGUUCUUACAGAAGUUUCUCAAACUCCAGGGAAUAAGAGAUGGGAAGAGAGGCCUCUGCUGGGUAAGGCUCAAAAGAGGAAAACGUGUACCAAGCCUGUUCCUUUCAGUUUGUCCCAGUCUCGGACUCGCAGCCAAAAGACCGCUGAAGCUGCUUCUGAAAGGGAAAGGUCUAGAAUGCCCUUGACUCAUCCUAGUCAACAGACACCAUCCAAGACACUGACCACCUCUCAACAAAGAACAAAAAACAGACCUCCCACUCAUAAUACUGCUCUAAGGAGUGUACAUGUGGAUCACAUGAACAAUACUAAAAGGAAGCCUUUAAGUCUAGAGGGUCACACAAAGUCUGAGUCGCAGCUAGUCAGUGAUUCCACUAAUGAAAUAGGCUCCUCCAUUCAAAGAGACUUAAGCAGACAACUGGGCAGCAUCACACUCGCACAUUCAGAACUUACCAAGGAUCGAACUCAUUCUUUAAGACCUGCUGAGGUUGAUGACCAAGCAGUUUGCCAACCAGCAACUAAAGGAUGUAUUGAGACUCUUCUGGCUGCUAAUUGUGCAAAUACAACAGGGAGUGUUGUAGCAUUUUCCCCUGACCUGACAGCACUUCGUAGUAUUUUGCUAAAUGAGGGAGUUAAAGUGAGUGGUCCUGUUGGAGCAACACCGCAAGCAUCUGCCCGCCCCUUAGGCAGAGGGACCUCCAUUUACUCUGCUCAACGAGUACCUGUUAAGAAGCCCCAAACAAAAGCUACUACAGCAGAACCUCCUGGGAGUGCUGUGCCAUUUUCCCCUGAUCCAUCAGCCCUCUGUAGUAUUCUUCUAAAAGACGGAGGGAAGGUGGAUGGUCUUAGUGGAGCAACACCUCGUGUGUCUACCUGCCCCUCAGGGAGAGAAACGUCCAUUUACUCAGCUCAGCGAGUACCUGUUAAGAAGCCUCAGACAGAAGCUGCUACAGCAGUGCCAGGACGCAUAGGGAGUGCUGUGCCAUUUUCCCCUGACCCAUCAGCCCUCCGUAGUAUUCUGCUUAAUGAGGGUAUCAAAGCAGGGGGUCCUGCUGUAGGGACACCCAGAGUGUCUACCUGCUCCUCAGGAAGAGGAACGUCCAUUUACUCUGCUCAAAGAGUACCAAUUAAGAAGACUCGGGCAGAAGGUCCUGUAACAGGGGGAGAACGCACUGGUGCCAGUCGAACUCCUAAUGCAAAAUGGACGCAGCAACGAGUUCCGGGCCAGUCACAGUCUCUGAGGAGGCUUGUCUGUGCACCAAAGACUCCUGUCUUCAGUGCCUCUCCUGGGUUAAGUAAAACCCCAGGUGCCAGCACAGACAGCUCUACCCCACAGGAAGAGGAUGUGGUUCAGAGGCUAUUUCAAGAGGAACCAGAGCAGGAGGAGAAUGAGCAAAUGGAGGAAGGACGAGAUACGGGUCCAUCACUGGGACAUCACCAAACUGUUGAACCUCACUUUAAGCUUGAGGGGAGCACAACCACAAACAGCUGCCAUUCACAAAAAGAGAACAAUAUCCCAGUAGCUCAGCCCUUUAUCCAGGCAACGCACAGGCAGUCAGUCAUUGUUCUCUCAUCUGGUCUGCGGCUGUUCGGGCUAGGCCCGACUCUUGGCAAUGCGCAGACUCCUGUGCUUCAGAUCCCUGAGCCUGCAGGGCAGCUUCAGCCCUGUCCAACCAGCACUGAAGUUCAAAGCACAGCUCCUGCACAGUCAGCCCAGUCCAGCGGAUCACAGAGUGCACUAAAUUCAGACAGUAAACAAGUUACCCCCGGCACUCUAUGUAAGACAAAAGCAGCCUCUGGUCUCAGCUCAGCAGUGUGUGCUCUAAGACGGCGUCUGCCACCCCUGGAAGAAAUGUUUCUGGAUGAAGAAUGUGCUAUGUACACUUCCUGCCAGCAGGCAUGGCCAGCACAGCCCCGCUGUAGCAACCCUGUGGCCUCCAGACUCCUCUUUCAGGAUUCCACUUGCUUUUUGCCUAUUGACUUGAACUCUUAGAGCCCUCUUCCCUACCUCCCCUCGUCAAUUGGAGCAUGAUGGCUAAAUUCAAACAUGCAUGGAUUUCUGUUGUUUUCCAUAGUUCAAUCUAGCCUCAUGCAAACUAUUCUGAACUUCUGUAAGAAUUUCACUAAAUUUCACUCUACAGAUUAAUUCUGGCAUUUCCAUACCAUCAGAUUUUGUUAGCGUUAUACACUCCUGGGCAAGAAACUGGGCAAAGCCCAAAAUGACAAAACAAUAAGCUUUUAAUGAUCUUGACAAGAAAUCAUCAAGCAAAUAAAUUAAGUAACUUAAAACUUUUCUUUAACAGAAAGAAGUCAGUAUUUUUACAUUUAGUGUUGUUGGCUUUAAACAGUUAAAAAACAUUGCUGAGCUAGUUUGUAUGAAACCCAGUAUUCUUGCCCAGAAGUGUAGAGUAGUUUACAUUUUAAGGCUGAAUAUUGUGAUAAUAUUGCUGCUAGGGACUGUGCUGUUCCGAUAGCGUCUGGCUCGGAUGUAGGAGGAAAAACAAGAGUAAAUCUGAUUCAAUCCCGUAAAACCCUGUCAUGUAGUAGUGUUUGAGUACUUUGAACAUGAUGGUCUACUUUUAGAGGCAGUGCUCAAAGAAAAAAAUGGUAUUGUGCCCUGUUUAAUUGCUAGACAUUGCAAUUACAAGACAAUAGAAACUUUGUUACAGUGCAGAUGCUUGAUGUGUGAUAGAUAAUGAUUGGUUUGUUUUUGUUUUGUUUUUUAACCAAAAUGAUUAAGUGUAUCAUGCAAAUGCCUUAAUUUGGAUGCACCAAUUAUUCAAAUUGAGGGCAGAUGCAGAUAUCUAAUAUUUUUCAUAUACAUAUCUGUCAAUGCCAAUACAAAACCAUGUAGAAAUGAGGAUCUUCCUGGAUUAACCUUAUUAAAAAGUGUAAGUAAGAGGAAUAAAAUGCAGAUAUUUUAGCACAAGAGCAUUUUGCUCUUUUGGAGUAGUUAUGAGAUUAUUAAACAUCAGUUUGAAAUAUUAGUUAAAUCUACACAUCUGUUCAAUGCCAAAAUUAUUUUUUAAAGCAAAUUUCUGCCGUACUGAUGUGAAACUUAUUUCAUCGAAACGGCCACAGAAACUCACACUUAGAAAUUUGUUAAACAGCUGAGAUACUUCUUGUAGCCUUCCAUUGUAUGAGUUUUGCAAAGGCAGUUAUUUAAGUAUUAAGUUGUCCCAACAGCCAGAGACUUCAGUGUAAUUUAUUGGUUCACCUUAAAAAUGCGAUGGACUGGCGACCUGUCCAGGAUGUAUCCUGCCUUCCGCCCGAAGACUGCUGGGAUAGGCUCCGGCAUCCCCCCGCGACCCUGACGGAGAAGCGGCUUAGAUAAUGGAUGGAUGGAUGGACCUUAAAAAUGAAUGGAGAACGACUCCUGGUUGGGGUAAUGCCAGGCUGAAUCUGCGGAGAAAAAAAGUGAAGCCUGCUUGAUUGAUUUGCUUUUUCCAGGCAAAGUUCAAUCAGCUUUUCAAUACUAGAGUAUACCAAGACAGUAUUAUUUCAUUUUUUUUUUUUUUUUUUACUAUAGCCCUCUUUUAUGUGGAAUUCUUCCAGUAGGCAAUUGGAAAAUAAUUACUGUCGUUCGUGCACAAAAGCAAAGCAGAUGGCCUGUGAUAAUUGAUUUGUUAAAAGGACAAUUCUACCAGGUUUUCCUAAUUUUUUGCAAAACUCAAUUGUUGACAUGUAAAUCAAGUCAUUCGAAGUGGUUUGAUGUGAAAAGGUAAGAAAAGUGUAGGUUUCUUCACAGUAGGGAGUGAAUGGGGAUCAGGGUCAAUAGUGUUUAUAGCACAAGUAUAGCCAUCUUAGUUACUAUCUGCAACCACCAGUGAACCUACAUAUGAGUUUGUGUAUGUGAUUUUGUUAAUGGUGUAAUUGUUGUAAAUCUGGGGGAAAAAAUCCUUAGGGGACUGUUUUGUUCAAUAGCACCCUACAUGUACUUCUACCCAUGAAAAGACUUCUAUCAAAAUAAUUGUGAGAACAAUGUCUCAGGCCUCAGGCAGUGUAUUCAUAGCCAUGUUGUGUAAUAGCUUUCUGUGACGUCUUCACAUGUUCAGUUCUAUUUUGAUCACCGUUGUGAACACAUCAAACAUAUCAGGCUACUCUGAAUGACUGUUUAUAUCUAAGCAAUUUAAAUUGACAAAAAUUUUGAAAAAUUGGUAGAAUUACAUAUGAGAAGGUCCUUAAUGUUGCACACAGUGGUGUUUGUGAUUGCUUUAUGCUCUUUGUUUUUAAAGUGACAUUUGUAGGAGACUUUAAUGUAUUUUUAACCGAACACUAUAGUUUGAUCACUGUCUGACCGAAUGGUCUCUGUCUGCCUCCGUCUGCAUCAAGUGUCCUACACACAGAGGAAGGCAGAAAUAAUCUUGCAUUGAAGCUGAAAUGGCAGUUUCUUUGUUGUAAAGCAGAUUUUUUUUAAUCACUGCCAUUGUAAUUAUUUUGUCUAUAAAGAAGAAUAAAUGUUUA